ACCGGUGGUGUUUUUGUUAUUGUGAUAAGUGAUUUUCGGUAGUUGGUCUGCUGCGUGAGGAAUACUCUGGUGAGUCAGACUGAUCAGUGAGUUUUCACGGGAGGAAGGAUAAAGACGUGUCGCUGGGUUGUCGCGAGUUCAGAGGGAUUUGGGGGGGAUUAAACGAGUGGUUAAAAGACAAACUAAUGAAACGUGUUUGUAUGUGCCGAGGUUAGGACGCCGGGGGGGUUGCUGUUGUUUCGAAACAACGGGCGGUUUGAGCAGCGGCGCGCGCGGCUGCCUGAUAACAGCGCCACGGUGAUAAAAGGACACUGACUUUAAGAAGAAAUUAAUGGAAAUAUCGAUGAAUUUGAGUUGAUAAAUACGAUUGAGAUCGAGGGGGACGUAAAGGAGAAAAAGUAGUGAUAAAAAAGAAAACAGCAAGGGAAAAUAAAGAAAAUACCACCAAACUAGAUGUGCGUAAAUGGAAGGUAUAGGGGACAUAGCCGAUCAUCAUCGGUCGCAUAGCGAGCAAUUGUUGGAUGCGGUCGAUUCCCCAACGGCGGUGAGUACGCAUGGCCGUGGGGGCGGCUCAAAUGUUAACACUCACAGUGGGGGUGGAAAGAGCAGUGGUAGGGGAGAUGUUGUACGUAGUGGCAGGCAUAAUCAGCACCACCAUCACCAACACCACCACCACCACCACCACCAUCACCACCACGAGGGCAAUAACAGAGCGGGUGGUAACGGCGCAGGAGGAGAAGAUAGAGAGCAUAGUGGGGGACAACAUCAGCAGCAGCACCAGCAGCAGGGUGGUGAGGGUAUGUCAUCGUCAGACUCACAAAGUCCCGAUAUCGCGUGCGCGAGCCUACCGUUGGAACUGCUCGCUGCUGGGGCGCUUGGCGUUAAGGAGGAGCGAGACCUCGCCGCCGCGGAGGAUCUGUCACCAUCCCAGGAACAUACGGAUAGAACAAGCGCUAGGGAGUCACUGUCGGUGAUUGUACCACCGCAGGACGUUGACGUUGACUCAAGGGACGCUGACUCUGAAUUAUUGAGUCCCGGUAAAUUAUCACCAACAUCAGGUAUAAGUGUGUCAGUUGCUAGUAUGAUCGACGCUACGGACUUCAGGUCGAUGCAACCAGAGCCAACUUAUCAGACAUUGACAUCAGUAGCCGAGAGAAUGUCACCGCCAGGCUUUUCACCUGGCUCAUCUUACGCGACAUUAACACCACUACAGCCAUUACCACCAAUAUCAACGAUGAGUGAUAAAUUUGUUUACGCUGGUCACACAACUGGCGGUGUAUCUGGUAGUUUUGCAGUUAUGCAGAACAAUGGACUUGGUAAUAUGGGUAUUGGUAUUGGUAAUUCACCGUAUACGUAUGAUAAAUUACCACCAAUGGGUAUGUCACCACCGCACAAUUAUCCAUCACCUGGUGCUGGUUUACAACCAAGUCCAUUAUCACCACAAAGUGCAUACAGCCAGAGUGGUUUAAAUUCACCUCAUAAAUCAGCUAGUCCACAUUAUGAGCCAGCAUUUUUACCGAGAUUACAGCAGAGUCCUGCUGCACUUAGUCCACCAUCGCCACCUGUUUCCGCGGCGACGAGUUUCGCGCCUUCCCAUCAUUCACCACCAACGUUAUCAGUACCAGCUGCAUCGCCACCACCAAUGCAAACACAAUUGCAACAACAAUCACAACAAUCGCAGCAGAAUCAACAGCAACAACAAACGAUAGGACAACAACAGCAAACGAUAUCCCAUACACAACAUGUACAGCAUACAUCGGUUGUUAUGAAAACAAUGUCAUCGGCGGGAAAUGGUGCUGGUGAAGUUGAGGAAAUUAAUACCAAGGAAUUGGCUCAGAGAAUCAGUGCUGAGUUGAAGAGAUACAGUAUACCACAGGCUAUAUUUGCACAGCGGGUACUGUGUCGUAGCCAGGGUACACUCAGCGAUUUACUCAGGAAUCCAAAGCCCUGGUCCAAGCUUAAAAGUGGACGUGAAACAUUUAGACGUAUGUGGAAGUGGUUACAGGAACCGGAAUUCCAAAGAAUGUCAGCAUUGAGAAUCGCAGCCCUGAGUAACUGCUCUGAGGGCGGCGGCGACCCGGAUGCCAUGCUGGAUAUUCAUCACCAAGGAUCAGGAAUCGACACCCAUCAUCAACAGUUUCACAACUCAUAUGCUGCACAGAUUCCACAACGAGGAACUUGCAAGAGGAAAGACGAGAUGGCGAGCCAGGCAGAACACCAACAGCCCGCCCCCAAGAAACCGCGGUUGGUUUUCACAGACCUUCAGCGCCGUACUCUACAGGCUAUUUUUAAAGAAACAAAGAGGCCGUCGAAGGAGAUGCAGGUGACAAUCGCCAGGCAGUUGGGCCUUGAGCCCACGACAGUUGGUAAUUUCUUCAUGAACGCGAGACGUCGUUCAAUGGACAAAUGGAAAGACGAGGACCCGAAGAAUCCAGGUGUGGACGAGGGCCACCUAUCGCCCAGCCUCGGUAUAAGUCCACGCCAGGCGACCGAUGUUUUGUGACAUACGUCUGACCACGAGGAAUAUCACGACGAGUCGCCCGAGGAGGAUCUUGCCUUCUCGUAAAUUAUUUCGUUGAACACUCGGGAAACUGCACGCCGAUGCCCUCCCUCUCAUUUCCAUUGUUUUCUUUUUUUUCUCAAUUCGACGCCGAUCGAUAUCAGGCACACGGUACGAAGUGCAUUCCAAUUUUUAUUCACCAUUUCAAGGAUACAAUGUUAGUCUGACAUAUUUAAACAAAAUAGAGUGGCAGCUGAAUGUGAAUAAUAAUUUUUCUUUUUUUUAUGUUCAUGGGGAAUAAUAUUCAGUGGAGACUGCCAUUGGAACUGUGUCACUCGUGAAUGCACUGGGGUUUUAACUGUCUGACGGCAUCGGCGGUACUACUACUUACUCGAGAUAUAUUAUUUCAAACACAUUAAUAUCUCUCUUUGGUUAGUGCCAUAAUUCGCCACGUUUAGGUUAAGCUGUUGAAAUGUUUAUUUUUAUUAAUCAUUUUAUGGUUGAUCCUCUAGUCGAAUUAUUAAAUUACAUUUGUAAUGUUCUUUUGCACAUAGUGGUGAACAUUGUCUAGUCAAAAUUACGGUUAAUUAAUGUUUAUAUUGUUUUCAAGAUUGUUUGAAAAGCAAUAGUGAUGAAGUUUUUUUUUCUUGCCCCCACCCUCCGUUAUCCGUAAUUUGUUAUUAUUUUUCCGAGAAUUUUGAGUUGAUCAUGAUUUAUCUUGUGAUGGGUAGCAGGAGAAGGUUUCAACGAAAAUAAUGAACUAAUAAGUGACUCGUCAAUUCCUCGGGGUUGGUGAACAACAGGACUAGUGGCUGCUGAACAAAUUGAUAAAAAGCCACACGUGUUUUUCUUUUUCUGUGCGGAGUGUCUGUACAAAGUGAUAAUUUAUCAAUGUGAACGCUGAUGAGGGGAUUAUUGGGAGGAGCUGGAGAAUUAUGGAAGUUAAUGAAGGAAUAUUGGGUCGUGAUGUGCUAUGAUGAGUGAUAAUCGAGGGAGACCAUCCACUCAGCAUCAGUGCUUUAACGAUGCUGAUGUUUAUUUGUAUAUAAAGAUAGGUGAAAUGUUUUUUUUUUUCGAGAAGCUGAGGACUUUUCAGGGGAUCAUUAGCAAGCGAAAAGGUCGAUAAAUGAUACGAGCGCCGUUUGUUGUUGAGUAGAGUAAUGAUAAUAGUGUGAGAGAGUGAGGUGAUGAAUAAACAAAUCUCUUGUUCGACACAUCGAUUUUCACUGGAUUAAUUCCAUUCUGCUCCGGUAUUACCUGUAAUUGUCGAUAAUGCUACGGUCAAUUGUGAGAGAACCACCUGUCGAUCAAUCUUUGUCAAUUUGAAACUCUCAAUUUCCAGUUAAUGUCUCACUUUGAUCUUCAUUCACGUUCAAGUAGAUUUUUUUUUCCUGCAGAAAGAGGUGCUCUGGAUAAUUUAUGGCUGGAAUUUUCUUUGGGCAUAUUCGAUGAAUUUUUUUUCAUCAGCCAUUAUAAAUCCCGUGAAUAUCGAUGAUGCUCUUUAGUGCGAUGUGAAGAUGUGAAAUACUCAUGAAAUCAGACCAAAAGAGGAUAAUUUUUUUUGUGGAGUGAGAGAGAGAGAGAAAGUUCAAUUCAUCGUACCAAAAGUGAAAUAAUAGAGACAUGGCUUCGAUCGCCUGAUUAAGAUCAUAUAUAGUACAAAGUAAACAUAUAUUAUUGUAAUAUUGGGGUUAAAUGAGGUGAUUGAACGAAUGAUUAUUCGUUGAAUUUUUUAGAUUAUACUUGGAGAAUGUUUAAUAGGAAAACAUGGAUUGUUUUUGUCAAUGGCGUGUUCGAAUUUUACUCGUAGGAGAAAUUUUUUCGCUUUUCUUUUCUGAGGGGAUUGUGAUAACUUGACCAUUCAAACACGGUGAUUAUACUGAUUCCCAUGGGUCUCGACCACUGGGGAACUCUUGAAGUCGUGAAACAGUUGCAACGGCUGUUUCAGCUUCAUUUGCAUAAAAAUGAGCGUAACUGAAUGCAGAAUCAAUUGAUUUACUUAGAGAAAUUGGCCACCAGCAUUCGUUCGAUGACUCACAUCCCCUGGGUGUUGAGAAUAAUAUGGGAAGAAUGACCGCUGCCUUGUGUCAGUUACAUUAAAAAAAAAUCUCACGUACACGUGUUCGAUCGGAAAAUCCCCCUCUUUUAUAUUCAACAGAAGGAAAUAAAUAAAUUAUGAAUGGAAGAGAAUUAUUGAAAAUGAUGAAAAUCACGGCACUCGUGUACUUGUAUUAUACUUCUGUACAUAAAUUAGUUGAGAUGAAGAAUUUAUUAUUAAUUAUUGCUAUUAUCGAUUUUAACAAAAAUUAUUAUUAAUAUAUUGAUGAUUGAACACGAGAUUUUUUUUUGUUAAAAUUGGAGAAGAAAAUAAUUACGAGAGAAAUUGUGGUGAUGAACAAAUUGUAGGUAGACGAGAAAGAAAAAACACUGUAGGAGGGAUUUAAAUUGUGUGAACAUAUGAGGUAUGAAGAUUUUCAAGGGGGAAAAAAAUAACAGAAAUGACACACUUAGGUAACGCAGUUAAUAAGUGACAACAAAGUAAGGAAAAAACCCAACACAUAGUAAUAUAUUAAUGAUAAUGAUAAUGUAAUGAAUAUAAAUGAAUAAUAUAUUAUAUUCUAUGAGUAUAAACAUGAACAGAAGGGCGAGAGGGCGUUUUGAGGGCAGAGACAGAGAGAAAGAACAAGGGGGUGAAACGUAGAAUUUCUCCCCUCGGUGUCAUCGACGCCCUGUGGCCCUUCGUGAAACAGAAAGGGGACGGCAAAGUUUAAUUAAAGGAUCAAUUAAUUAAAGACCUUGUUUCAGUUGUAAUAACGAGAAAAAAUUUAAACAAUAUAUUUAUAUAUUACAGAAUAAAAAGAAUCAGAGGUAAAAAUUAACAGAAUAAUUAUCAAUUGAAAAAUAAGGUGAACUAUGGUGACAAGAUGUUUACUGCGGAAAUAGAAUGAUUUCAGUUGGAAAAAUAAAUGCAUUUCCAUUUAUGAUUCGUGUGUGUACGUGUGUUUUAUAUGCAAUUAUGUAAAGAGAAAUGAUAGAUCAAUCUGACAGAAUAUUGAUUGGUAAAUGAUGAUUAAAUCGCAAGGAAAUUUCAGAACCGAGACGAUUAUUUGGUUUUUGUGGUAUUCUAUUUCACGCACAAUUCAAUAAUCAGGCUAAAGUGUUAAUCAAAUUCUCGGUAAGUAAUUUGUUUCACUGGAAUCAUGAUAGCUGUGAGGAAGAGUUAACAGAGAGCAAAAUGAUAUAUUUAUAUUCGUAUUUGAAACACAUAUCCGAAGGAUUUAGGGAGUUAUGACGACGUACAAUACAGUUUUCAAUUGAAGUCAUGGGAAAAUUGAAUAGCAGAGACGAGUCAUGAAAAUUUCUAGAUUUGAGAUGAAUAAUUAUGAGAGAUGUACAAUUAAUUAUUUUUGGUGGAAGAGAAAACAUGAUAAUUCAGUGUUUCAUUAUUCGUAGGAAUGUUGUACUUGUCACCUCUGAAUUACUUUGAUUAACGACAACAGGGAUAGAAAUUUUCUACAAUUCAAAGAGGCGAAAUAAGGAUAAUUAUUUCUCAAGAACAGGUAGAUGCAUGAGAUCAUCCUCUUUCGUUUGGGUCUCCUUUCCAGCAUCACAGUGUAAAAAAAACCAAGAGAUAACAGUUCGCACGACAAUAAGGUAUCGAAUAGUUAAUGAGAGAAAAAUGUUUAGAAAGCAAAAAAAAAUGUGAACAUAAUAACGAGAGGAAAUAAUGUAAAUUACAAAUGCAAACCAAGUAUACAUUAUUAUAUUUAUUAUAUGACGAGAAUCAUCGUACGGACAAAAAGGGUGGGGAUGCAGGGAAUGCAUGUGAACUUUUUUAUAAUUUUGUCGUCGCUGGAAAUGAUUUCAGAGGAGAAUAAAAUUGAGUUUACGGAGGGACACAAUGAGCUCGAGUGUAGAUUUAUAAAUAGGAAACGGGGUGAGGAGAUGGGGCUAGAUGACACGUGUGUCCAAUGGAUAAUUUGUUUACUCAUUCUUUGUUGUUUUUCUCUUUAGAAAAUUUUCGAUGAGGAGGAGGCCACGGAAUUACCAAAGGUUUAAUUUAAAAAUAUGAAAUUUGAAGCUUAUUUAUUCAUAUUUAUUAUCAUUUUUACUUGUGUGAUCUACGAGAACGAGUGGUUAACCUGAAACAUUUUUAAUGAAAAAUCGAAAUGAAUCCUUAUUUCUGUACGUAGGCGAAAUAUUGUGAGUGCUGGGAUUGAAUCGAGUUUUCUAGUGAAUUAAGGAGCUAUUCAUAGAUGGGAAGCAUGACAUUUGUCUGAUUAUUUCGUGCGAGGGAUGGUUUAAAUAAAAAAAAGUAACAUAUUUUUCGAUCUGACGAGAGGGGAAGGGGCUUUCGCAUUAGUACUGUGAAUUUUAUCAAGAUUCAAUUCCAGCACUGAAGGGCGAAAUUAACAGAGGGAUUAAGAAAUUAUAAUGUGUACCUAUGUAAUAGACACAUUACGAUCGACGAUCACCGAACGUGAACAAUUGUAAACUACUGUAAAUGUUACUUACGUUUUACGAAGAGCUUAUUGUAGUCAAGAAUUAUUAAACACAAUUUAAGUCGUAAAGGUAUAUUUGAGUGUAGCACUAAAAGAACUAACAAGAAAAAAAAACUAAAAAAAGAGAACCUCUUUACACUUUUGCACGAGAUGUGUGUUGUAAUUGACUAAAAGACAAAAAAAACAAAGAAAUUGAGAAUGUAAUUAAUGCUUUAUUACUUAGGAAUUAAACUUAAUUUAUUUAUGAUUAAAAAAAUACGUUGGACAUGA